AUGCUCGCCCGUGCUGCUCUCAUAUUGCUCUCGUGCCUCCUAACCGUCAACAUGGUAGCCGCGACGGACGCCACACCAGAAAAUAGACUCUGUAGCGGAGGCAAGAUCGUGGGUAUCCUCGUUGGUGGCGCGGUCAUCCGGACGGAUCCCAACGGGACUUGGAAAGGAGAGCCGAGCGGCAAGGGAUGUCAGUGCAGCAGCAAGGGCUUCGGAUGUCUCACUGCCCCAAAAUCCGGUUACUUGCCCACCAAAACGCCCACGACUUGUGUCAAGUUAGACCAGCCUUGCAACUGA